UAGAAUCUCUUCCAUCGCGUUGUUACCGUGGUCCUUGCUGUGGAAACAUUCUCUGGGCCUGGUCAACCAUUCACACGCGGCGUCUAUCUCGAGGUAUUGUGGGUAACCGGAGCAGCGCUUUCCUGCCCAUCCCACGUGUCUGUAAGGGAUCAACAUGGCUGUACCCAACGAGCCUUAAAACACCGAAGCGACCGGUAUAUGUGUGUGCAAAGUCCCAGAGAAUAGGAGGGUAUCGCUGGUGCUGUCAGUUGUUGAUACUGCACUGUGGUCCUCUGCUUGUUGAUUUGAAAGGAGUGGCUACCAAAGCAAGAUAUCUUGAGUGGAAGGGGUUUUCAGCUGUGGCUUUCCUGUCACUGCAGUAUGGCAAGUGAUGAAGAAGACCCAGUUAUACAAGAGAUUGACGUGUUCCUGGCUAAAAGUCUGUCUGAGAAGCUCUAUUUAUUUCAGUACCCAAUUCGUCCAUAUUCGAUGACCUACGAUGAUGUCACUCAUUUGUCUGCAAAAAUAAAGCCCAAACAACAGAAGGUGGAACUGGAAAUGGCCAUUGAUACAAUCAGUCCUAACUACUGUCGUAGUAAAGGUGAGCAGAUCGCACUUAAUGUGGACGGCAGUUGUACUGAUGAAACCAGUACCUAUUCAACGAAGCUUAUGGAUAAGCAAACUUUCUGCUCAACUCAGGCUGCCACUAACACUUCUCGAUAUGCUGCAGCUAUCUUCAAAAAAGGGGAGCUACAUCUGACACCAUUGCAUGGAAUCCUGCAGCUAAGGCCGAGUUUCUCAUACUUGGACAAGGCUGAUGCUAAACACAAAGAAAGAGAAGCUGCACUUGAAGCUGAUGAUUCUUCGCAGGAUGAAGCAGAGGAGGAUGUUAAACAAGUUACGGUUCGUUUUGCACGCCCUGAAACUGAACAAGCACGGCAGCGACGUGUUCAGUCCUAUGAAUUUCUGCAGAAAAAACAGGCUGAGGAGCCAUGGACCCAUCUUCACUAUUAUGGCAUUAAGGACAGCCGUUCUGAGCAUGAACGUCAGUAUUUGUUUUGUCAAGCCUCAGGCAUGGCAGAAAUGACUGAACUAAUCAAGUCUCCGAGUGAGUAUUUGGCCAUGCUGAUGCCUCCGCCUGAAGAAGAAGAAAUUGCAAAACCCGUUGCGCCUAGCAGUGUUCUUUCGAUGGCACAGCUGAGAACCCUGCCUCUCGGAGACCAAGUUAAAACACUCAUGAAGAAUGUGAAGAUUAUGCCAUUUGCAAAUCUCAUGGGUCUUAUAGCAUCAGGAACGGAUUCCACAACAGUGUUGCGGUGCAUACAGCAGGUAGCAAUGCUGGUGCAAGGAAAUUGGGUGGUUAAAAGUGACAUCUUGUAUCCAAAAGAUACAUGCAGUCCUCAUAGCGGUGUUCCUGCAGAUGUGCUUUGCAGGGGGAGAGAUUUUAUUAUGUGGAAGUUCACGCAAGGUCGCCAUGUGGUGAGAAAGGAGGUGGCUUCUAUAACUAAACUUCCUCCUGAGGAUGUAAAGGAUUUCUUAGAACAGAUGGCCAUGCCUCAGGUCAACAAGGGAUGGGAAUUUUUGCUUCCAUACGAUGGGGAGUUUGUGAAGAAGCACCCCGAUGUGGUCCAGAGGCAGCACAUGCUCUGGUUGGGCAUUCAGGCUAAGCUAGAGAAAGUUUACAAUCUCUCCAAGGAAGAAAUGACUCCAAAGAAACCAGACCUGCAGUCAGCUACACCCGUGAUCAUCUCUGGAGAGCAAAGGGUUCAGGUGGCUAAAGAAAAAGCGAAGGAAAAGUUUGGAGUAUUGGACAAGCCUUCCCAAAGAACAGUUGAGAAACCAAAUCCUUCUACUACCACAAUGGAUAUAGCAAAUGUCAGAAUUAAAGAGGAGCCCAUCAGUGAUGAUGAGACUGAACCUAUGGAUGUAUCACAGUGUGACAGUAUAAACAAUGGGUUGUUUAAUGGCAUGCAUGUAGAUGAAAACUCCACAGAUUCUUUAAGUAGCUCUUUGAAUAGGCCUAAGACAGAUGCUGUUGCACAGGAGCUCAAGGGUUUUCUGAACACAACUUUUAAGAAGCAUGGAGUGCUGACGCUAAGUGAACUCAAACGACUUUUUAAUCUGCACUUAGCCAGUUUGCCCCCAGGACACCUAUUGUUCAGUGAUGUGUCUGAUAAAGUUUUACAGGAAACUGUUUUGGACUGUGGCUGUAAACAGAUUUUGGUGCCUUUUCCCCCACAGAUUGGUGCUACUCCUGAGGAGCAGAAGGUAUUUGCACUCUGGGAACUAGGAUCACCGUAUGACCCCAUUCGUCAGAUAGUACUUGAAAUUUUCUCUAAGAAUUACCGUGUGCGCAGGGCUGCAAUCCAGUCACGAAUUAAUGAAGAAUUUUCUGAAGAGCCAAGUAAGCAGGAAGUGGAUAAGAUAAUAAAGGACUGCUGUGUGACCUAUGGCGGAAUGUGGUACCUUAAAGGAACAAUGCGCUCUUGACAUUUGCAAGCUGGCAAUCUGCAUUACUUCAGAUGUUUACUGAGCAAAGGAGAAAAAACACACACAAACGGCAAAUACUUUUGCUGUCGCUUCCAGAAGACAGGAAGAGAGAAAACCAAGGAAAAUUUCUGAUGGACUAUCAGACAGCUCUUUUCUGAGUUUGUACCUUCCUUUAUAGAAUACUGUUUACAUAUCCGGAAGUUUAAAGUGACCUGGGAAAGGACAGAAAUGCCUCUGGUUGCAAUCAAGUGCAUUUUUAUUUUUGUUUCCAUAAAUGAGUUAAAUUGUCGUGUUCAUUUCCAGUCAUCAGUUAUGAUAUUCUUCAGCUGAAGAUCAAUAGAUAUUCGCCCAAACCAUCAGUUAAACCUGGAUGUUAAUUUUUACAAUGAAUUAGCUGUUGGGAAUUAAGUUUGUUUUAUUUAAUAAUUUACCCUGUGAAGGAACUGCUGCUUUGGGUGCAGAUCUACAAAAUACCACUUGAACAUCUCCAUGUGUUCUAAUCAGUUCUUUUCAGUAAUGUUGUAAGAAGAUUAUUGGAACAUGUGGAUGCAAGGAAAGGGUGGUGCAGUAUGCACAGAUCUACAUUAUAAGGAGGAAUGAGUCUUUUAUUUCAAUGAAGUACUGUAUGCUUGAGUUUUAGGUCACAGCAUGCCUGAUGGGGGACAGUUACUCAUGUAAAUUUAUUUAGUCUAAUUUAUCUCUAUAUAUAAUAAUUUGCUUUAAUUUGUGUAUACUGCUGUAUAAAAAUCAUUCCAUCCUAGCUGCAGCUACUAGCUGUAAACCUUGUAUCUCUUUACUUGGUUAAUCUGUGGCAUACUGUAUGAGACAUGAAUCCAGACUUAGUGAAGUCAGCCCUUGGGUUGAGCAAAUUUUCUUGCUCUUUUUUACCGUUGCAGUCAAUUUGGAAAUUAAAUCAUGUUGCGAGACUCCGGUCACACAAGUAUCAGCAUUUCAACACAGUGUACAGCUUUCCAGGCCUUCUUCCCUGAAGUCACCUCCUUCUUCAAGUCAGUCAGAUUCAGUGUUAAACCUGUGAUGGCUUUGUUAAAGUGGCAAUGUCAUAGCUAUAGUAAUUUCCAUUUGUGAUUUUUAGUUUAGUCCCACAUGAAAAAAGAAAGCAAUUAACUGUGUUCAUAAAGCAGAUACUCCCAUGAACUUUACAAAUGAACAAGUUUAAAAAUAUUUUAAUUGUAAGGGAGUCCUUAUUCUUUAAAACACUUAAUUUAUUCUGAAGUCAGAUUAACUGAAAUGAAGCUCUGCAUUGGAAUACUGAUGUUAGUAGUAACUCUCUUAACAUAUUUUUGUUUGUGUGUGUGCAUGUCAGCUGUCGAUGGUACAUCAUAAAACACUUUUUAUGCUAUCUCCAAGGCACUGUCUCUGUUCUGCUGCUGUUUUGAUCUGCAGUAAGGACGCUGAGAGAAGAAACCAGUGCAUUGCAAGUUUCAGCAGCUUUUGUUUGCUUUCUAUUAGCAGUUUGAGAACGAUAACUGCUUGCUCCUGACUGCUGUGUUCCAGAAUGUUUUGCAACACGGGUCAGUAAAGGGGACAUAGAUGGGGCCAAAGUGAGAGAUGUGCGCCUCCCACCUGCUCAGCUUACAAAACCUGUGAAAAGUGGUUCUUAAUCUAGGUCUUGCAGAAACAGCCAGCAGUCAUCCAGGUCCAUGUGACCAUGCCUUGAGCUGGGAGAUCCAAGUACUUGCUGACUUGCUCUCCCACCAGUUACCAAAAUCCUUCCAGUCACCCAGUUGCUGGGACCACUUGUCCAUAUUUUCCAAUGAACGAGUCCCUUUUUCAUGAGGAAAUUAACUUUUGGGAUGUCCAGUUGCAAGAGCAAAAGUUGCAUAAUGAGGAGGAGGGGGCAAAUGUACUUGCCCUAUUAUGCAACAGCUCAUAAUCUGGCAUCCACUGAAUGAGUGAGAAGCAAUGCUAUUAGGGUGCAUUCUUUAUGCUUCCAUGUUGGCCCCAUUUUCUGUUCAUCUGCUUGUACCAUUUUCUCCAGCAGGGUCUCAUGGUACCAAACCUCCCCAUAAGAAAAGAUGGUACGCUCCUACUAAUUGGUCUUUCCUCCAUUCCCCUAAAAUCAACCAUGCAACACCUGGGCUGCUAGUCAGAACUAGUUUGCUAGGUAGCCUCAGCCCUGUCUUGUAAAGAGAUUAGCCCCUGACUACAACCCAGAUGAUUUGAGUUUGAUAUGGGGUUGGGAGGGUGGCCUAAUGGUUAAGGUGUUUGCCUUAUAAACACAAGGUGCAGGGUUUGAGUCUCACAAGGGAUAAUUGGCUAGGCCUUAAAAUGGCUUGCAAGAGCAGUUAGCCUAGUACUAAUCUAUGAACCUAUAAAUCUAUGAACUGUGGUUCUGGAAAGGUCAGUGCAGGGGAGGAUAAGGGAGAGCAGCCUUUUGUUAGCUUAUCCAUUCCUUGUGUGAGGGAAGCAAUUGGACCUGCAUCAGCACUUAUCCCAGCAAGAGUGAUGAGAAACUGCAGGUAGCGGCUCUUGGAUCAGAGUGGCUCACUAGCGAAGUAGGCAUUGCCAGCAUGACUGAGGGCAUAUGGGAUCCUCUUAAAGUAGCAGUGCUAAGUAGUACCACUGACUAUAUUUAGGAGGGGGAGUUUUACAUAGAUCCCCAACCCCAUGCGAGUGACAACCUGUCCUACAUGCCAGACUUUCCUUUUUGUAAAGAACAUAUGGGCUAAUUGGCUGUCACUGGAGUUAAGGAACAAGUGGGUGAUAGGUCUCACACUGGGGUGUGGGAAUUAAUGGCUCAGCUCUCACUUUGCUACAAAAGAGUUGAAAGGGUAUGAGAGGAAGAGGUCUUGAAGACAUUUUAGCAGGGAACGAAGUAAAUUGUUUUCCAACUGUGUAGGUGUUGUGUCCCUUCAUUUUAUUGGGCCAACUUAAGUGAGAUGUUUGGUAGAGGUUGAAUAAAGGUUAAGAACUGUGUUCUACAUUACAUUUUUUCAUUAAAAGGUAAAAAAAAAAAAAGUGGCAGUCACAAUGAAGAGUAAACCGUAUCUGCAUAGCUUUUCCAAGAAAAAAUGUGUUCUGAAUGUUUCUUUUAUGUCUGUUCAUUAUUGUAUUUUACUUACUAAAACAUGUCUUUUUAUGUACAUUACAGCUUUAAUUUGUGUAAUUGUGCACUUUUUUAAAUGGGGGGGGGGUUCUGCAGAACAAGAAUUUAUAGCAGCCUGUUACCUGUCUGAGUAGCACUGCCUUUGAGCGGUAUUAUAAUCAGGAAAUUAAAAUAAUUGCUGAUAAAAAAGAUUAUCAGAAUGCUACCCUGGGACUGACUCAUCACAUCAGAUUUUCCUCUUCAGCAGCAGUUGGGACAACUUUCAGUGUGUACUGUAAUUUUCAUUUUAUGAAGAUGCCUGCUUUUUUCCCUUUCUGCAGCCAAGCAUCUCUUCAUAUAAUUAUUUCAUUGGAGUUGUAUUUAGAUUAUAUGUUUACUUGUGUUUUUAAAGGACAGUUCCAUCCAAAAGCUGCAUUUUUAUCAGUGUUUUCCUUCUGCCUCUAUUAUUGUGCUGCAUUCUUCCUGUAGCAGUUUCUGCAGUUUCUCUCCACACCAUUUUGGCUUUUUUUUUUUUUGUGAAACCUUGAGCUAUUUUCUCCUUGUAUUUUCUUUCAUCAUCUGUGAAAUCAUGUAGGCACUUGCUUUAUGAAAAAAGUAGGUCACUGAUUCUAACUGCAGUCAAUGCAGGUGGUAAAAAGAUCAUGUAAAAAAGUCAAAAUGCCCAGUGACAGGAUCCCCAGAUAAAUUAAUACCUUAAACUUCUUUUAAAGGACGCCCAUGAAAUAUUUGCAUAUGACCCCUUUAGGGCAUUCAUAUGUUCCAUCUCUUAAGUCUUCUGACUGUCCACUCACUGACAUUUUGCUUUUUUAAUGAUGCAUACAUAUUGCUACAGAGUCUGCAAACGUCUUAAACCUAGGUAAUGCUUGACUGUAGUCAGCUUUGUGUGUGUGUGUUAUCGAUUACAGAUGACCAGCUUCACACCUUAGCUGGAAGUUUUGUGGCUAGCUGGAAGUUUUGUGGCAUGGAGCUGCAGUUCUGUGCUUGAAUAAAGUUUUUUUUCUGCCCUUUAUCCCAUUCCUGGGAGUGCUGCCUACUAGCAAUGUAACAUUCUGUUUUCCUUUGUUUGCAUUUUUCCCCAUUGCUCCAUUGUAUCUGCACACAGUUUAAGCUUUCUCUGAAAUGUUUUGUUUCUUCUAGCUUUUGUCAUACCAUUUGUCAAAGUGUAUAGGCUUUCUCUGACUCAGACAUGAGUAGGAGAGGCACCUGCUAAGGCAUUUGCUACUUUAGUCACAAAUUCUAACUACAGAGACAGUUUUAAAACAAUCAUUUGUGUGUGACACUAGAUUAGAUAAAGGCUGGCAUUUCAGUUGUCCGUGAUUACCAUCUUCACACCUUUAGAAAAAAAUGUGGGUUGAAAUUACAAUUAUGUAGCUGCACAAAAGCACUAAGCUUUAAAGCUACUUUUCAGACCAACGUUCAAGUGAACGUUACAUAUGAAAUGCAGUCAACAAAAUGAGAGGAAGUACGUUUCAAAAAAGAAACUGAUGCACUUAAGUGUUCCGAAUGGUAGGAAGUCACAGUAUUCUCAUUGUGAGUCAUUGGAGAGAGAGAACCACAAUUCAUUGUCGUACCAUAACCUUGCAGUGGGAAGACAGAAGUCUUGAAUGUAACAUGAAAUCGUGUCAGCAUGGCAGCCAUUAUUAGACCAUUAUGGGGUAUAAUAAGUUUGAAAAUAAAUGAGUGGUACAGAGUAAUAGGUACUACAAAAAUAUCAAGAUAUGUUAAUAAAAAGUUUAUUUUCA